GUUUAUUCAAUGUAGUGUUGUAGACACGCGGUAUGUAAUCAAAAGACACGGUAUUGUCUCGCGCCAAGUUCAGGCGCAGCAAUAGCGAGGCACCCUGUGUACCAUGCAACACAUUAAAUUAAAAAUUCAUUAUUACUUCUAACGCAUUCAAAAGAUGCUAUAUCUAAAUUGCAAUGUCUUUCAAAAGAGUGAAACAUAUUCACGUAUAAAAAAAAUUUUUAUUAAAAAACUUGGCACUGCUGAAUUAAAAAUGUAACAAAUAUAUUAGUUUGAUUAGCAUAUGUUUAGCAGCGUCAAGUUUUCUUAAUUAAAAAUUUUUUUAUUCUUAAAUAUGUUUUACUAUUUUAAAACAAAUUGCACUUUAGAUAUAGCAUUUUUUUAUGGAAGUAACAAUAAGUAAAUUUUGUAGCAUAAGUUUUUAUUAAUUGGCGCGCAAUUUUUCAAUAUCACUAUUUUUUGUAGAAAAUUAAAGCAACUAUUUUGUACUACAGUUUUUAGUUUGGGUAAAAUAACAUUAUAUUACAUAAGAAUUUUUUACAUUUGUCGCGUACACUUGGCGCCUUUUUUUCUUUUUAUUUUUUUUUAAGUAAAGUAUUCAAUAAACAAAUAAAUAAAACUUUCUAUAUGAAAUCGUAGCGAAUAAUCGUAUACAACAUUCCUUUGCGACAUUUGUGCGCUAGUCAUUUCGAAUCUAUGAAUGGCAGCUAUUCAUCCCGUUUACGUUCUUAUCAUUCGAUAAUAGUCGAUACAGCAUACAGCAGCAACACUCGCACGGUUUGUUACUACGUACCGCGCCUUUCGCAAAUGAAAGGCUCGUCUCUUUUCUUUUUCAUGCUCUUUUUUUUUCAGAAGCGAAUCUUUAACACAAUUUUUUCAAUUGUGCAUAAUACGGGAGAAUAUACUCUUUCCUCGCAAAAUAUCAAUGUAUGGAUAAAAACGAGAUUAACCGUAGAAUGAUAAAUGGUGGCCACCAGCAGCAUGGUAUAUGAGGAGAUAGUUGGUAUACGGGGCAGCUGACCCCAGCCACCGCGCACGCUUUUCACGCGCGAGAUGCCCCACAAUCUAAACUCAGUUUCCGCCAAUUCCGCCAACACAGGACCGAAUCAUCAAGCCUAUCCUCAGCAGCCGCAUCAUCGAGAGAACGCAGAUGGACUCCAACCCGAGAAAGAACCGGUGGAAUUCGACAUUUCGCAUUUGCGAGGUGCUCCAGCGGAAGUCGAGACAUUGGUACACAACAUCAAGGAGGUGGCCCAGCAAUUUCUCUAUCACUGGCGAACUUUCCCCAUCGUUCUGCCACCGCCAUUAUCCUCGUGCACGGAGGGUGAUGAUACGUUGGCGCGAAAGAAAUACCAUCUGAGGGAUCUUUUUGUGGCACCCAGCUUCGACGAGCUGGACGCCGUUGCAGUAGACAGCAAGGGCGAACCAAGAAGACUGACCAACAAACAACUGGAGAGCAUCAGGGAGCGAGGCUUACACAAGGAUAAAUAUGGAAAGCCGAAGAAGCUAAAUGCCACUCAAUUGGAAAGCAUUCGAAGAUGCGGAGAGUUCGAAGUGGACUCGAUCAACUUUGCCGGACAGACACACCGAUGGCGACUGAGCGGUCUUCUGCAGCGCGGCCGAGAUAGGCGGCGAGACACGUUACUCACGGAUCUCGCCCUGGCGACUAGAUUUCUUGUUGUAACGGCAAGGGCUAGAUUAAUUUCCCAUUGCUUUAGUGUCUCACAAUCCCUUAAGGCCCUAAUAACGGGGCUGUUACGACUUCUCGAUAUUAUAAUUGGCGUCCCAUCGCUUCAGGCGCAUAAUUUAGAUGCUAAAAUUAGGGAAGAACGUUGUCGGUACUUGGUAGCGGAAUUGGUCUGUCGGCCGGAAUAUGAGGAUUCUCUGGAACUACUCUGUGGAUUCAUAAAGAAACAACUUCGUCGGGCAACUACUGAAAAGUUUGAAGUAGAAAGAGAAUCGUCCCAGCUAUUACCUGUUUCGAUCCCUUUUGUAUUUGGGACACCCGGUGGGGCCGCGGUCGAUCUCCGACUAUUCAGCAGGGACAUAAUUAGGAAGGCUCUGCCGACGCUUGUUGCAAUUUUGGAGAGAGAGACAAGAGGCUGGUUCCUUCACUUUAGAGAAAGACUGAUAUCUGAAUUGAGAGCACAAAAGAAACCGGAUGAGGAAAUAGAACGAGAAGUUAAUGAAGCGGUGAUGCGCGAAUAUCUGCAAAGAGUAUACACGAAUAUCCUAUCGCAUCCAGACAUACUCGCAUUAGGCGACGGUAUUGCUCAGCUGCUGGUUCAACAGGCGCAAUCGGUCGUGCUGAUGCAUCGAGCAGUGGAGAACAUGCAACGGAAACUAUCGCAAACCAAAGAUUCUCUACGACGUCGCAUUGAGAACGAGCAUCCGGUUUUGUCGCGAAUACAGCCAUGGAUGCGCGAUCGUAUGCGGGAGGCCGAGGAGAAUUUUAUCGAGGAGUGCGAAUGGAGCGCGCAUGAGGAAGCUCUGACGCUCUGCAAUCAUCAGAAUCUCACGCAAACGAUUUACUUCCUUAAUCGUGAUUUAACCUUUAUGAAAGAGAGAGAGCCAGUUCUCCUGAAAGAACUGCGAAAGGUCAAAACCCCGACGAGGACUUUCCAAUGGCCAACGCAAAUCUGGCUACCAAAGAACUGGAUAAUAAGACGUAACUUUCAAGGUCAAUCAGAAAUCAUUCCGACCGUAUUGAGCAACACUCCGACUUCUAUUACAACACCUCGCGCUGAUCCCAGUCAGCCCGUCUUUUUAGUCGAAAGAGAAAUUGUACAUACAACUACAACAAGAUGGCCGAUGUGGCGCUGGAUAAAUUACAUCGCCAGAACGUGGUGUUGGACUUGGAAUGCAAUGUUUUUAUUGGGCGUAGCCGUACCGUGGUGUAGUCCAGUGUCUUUUCGCGCUUUAUUGUUGGUGCAAUCGUUUACCCCCGAUCUGGAAUUGAGUCAAUUGAACGGAACAUUGUUCCCGAGAAAGUCAUCGCAGAUGCCUACUCUUUGUUCUCGAUUAAUAGCGCUUUGGAGGCACAUCAGUAAAAGUCGAACACAUUUUGAAACUGAACCAGACACAGGAUUUAUCGGCAAAGGUAUGACUCGACAUUUAAAUAGACUAUGGAAUUAUGGUGUAAAGGGUCUAUUGGGCACGAUUAUCAUACUAUUUAUAUUUCCCGUGGUGUGUAUUAUGGCGAGUGUCGGCUCGCUGAUGGUUGCUCUCACCGCAGUCUUAUGGAUGCCUUUAGUCACACUGACGCUGCAUGCGUUCAUGGCGCUUAUCAUGGAUCUGGAUAGCCCCGAACCGAGCCGCAAUCGAUAUUUCGUGGUGGUGGAAGCAUUACUCUGGAACAUAGGUAUUCAAGGAUGUCUACAACCAAUAGUGGCAUUAUUCGUAGCCUUUGUUCUGUGCCCAGUCAUUUCAUUCGUGAUACUUACAAUUGCUGUGAUACGUUACUGGGUCAGAGUGCUCUGGGAUACAGCCAUGUUCCAUCUAGUGAUCAAAAACAGAGGUCGGAUACCGGCCAGCGAUAGUUUUGUUGUAAAGAGAAUAGCUGGACCGGGAUUAGCUUCGGAUUAUUAUUAUCAAAUAAGAGCGGAACAAGCAUUGGCCGCAUUUGAAGCGAAGUUAGAACUAGAUGAAUUGCUAGCCUUCCAGCAAGAAAUCGAGAGAUUAAUUACACAACCGCAAAGAGAUUUUACUCAAUUUGUCGAAGCCUGUUUCGGUCCGUUUGCCGCUAGUCUCGCAAAGACAAAGGAUCCAUACAAAUCACUCGAGAAAGAAGCCAAAGAUUUAAUUGCCGUAUUACACGAGAAAUUGGAUCGACGAAGAAAGAAUUUGCAGACAGGUCUCGGCGUCGCGGUGAGGAGUAAAAUAAAAUUAACUACUUUUGACUUGAAGGUGGUCAUACAGCAAGGAGCAUUGAUGCUAGAACGUCUAUAUCCCACUCAUGUUUUGGCGAGAUUGUCUGGCAAUGAGGAAGAUUUUUGGGAAAAUAAAGGUUUAGGGGUAUGUGACUGGGCAGGCUUGGCAGGGCUUAUGUACGCCGACAUUUUUAGUCUGGAUUUUCUACAACCACUCGACGAUUCCGACACUAAAUUCAGAUUAGAACCACACUCAGGGGUUGAUCUGUCGCGAUACACGGACAUGGUCCACAGUACUGAGCUAGGUGGCAUCAACGGGCCUGAUUUGCUUGGCGCUGUUUACGCACCACGUGGGAAUAUUCAAGUGCAUAGCCCAUAUCUUGAGGUAUCUGCUUUCAAUCCGCGAGCUAAGCAAACCAGCAACAGCAGAAAGGCUGACAAGCGAUGUGAUACUAGCGGACUAUUGACAUCGACAAAAAUCCGAAGACACACAAUGACAAACGACAAUAGUUCCGAAGGACGGUGGCAACCGUGGAAACGCCAGAUUCGUCCAUACAGUGCAGAGAAGCUAGUGAUUCCUCUACCGAUACCGCAUCCGGCCCAUAUAGCGGUAACUAUACAUAACCGCGACUCUGAGGAUCCGAUAACUCUUGAUUCGGAACUAUGUCAAAAUAUUUUACGAGCCAUUGAGGAAUCUCCCGGUGAGAUGGCAACAGAAUGCGUAAAUCGAUACAGAGGCGGCGGCGACGGCGGAGGUGGUGAUUCUAGUUUCGAUUCCGUCGCGUCACAAUCAUCUGUCUCGAUCGAGACUGGUUUGGAGAAGGAGAACGAGACAACGCAGGAGACUGCCGUGGCAAACGAAAAAAAUGGCGAGACUUAUCAUUGGACUCUGUCGAAUUGGGGCGGUGGCAUGACGCGAAAACGAAACAACUCUGGAUCUAUAAAGGUUGAUCUAGCGUCUCCGGAAGAUGUUACUCUCGAUACAGAUACCACCAGAGUGAUGUUCAGCACGUACGGAACAACCGUUUGAAUUAAAUUCGCCAUUAUAUCGAAAUGGUUCUUUCGUCGUCGUCGUCGUCGUCGUGUUUAUAAAUGAUAUAUAAAGAAAAAGAGAGCUGCAACUAUAGAUUUGAACCCAAUCUUAGAGAACAGCCUUUGUCAUCCAAGAUGAUAUCCAUAUAUUAAAAAAUUGCAUUAUUCACUUUCAACUAAAAGCAAUAGGGAUUCUUAAUCAGUAUGCAAACUAAGCAUUUAUCGAAAAAUUUUAAUUGGUUUUAAUAAAAAAUGUAAAUUUGGAAUGUUUAUAACAAGAUAUCUUUCAAGAGAGAACAUAUUUAUGGAUCAAUUAUCAUGUAAGUAUGUGCUGUCUUUUGUAAAUUCUGUUAUAUAUCCAGAUUUUGUUUAAAAAUCCAUUACACGCUAAUAUUAUUUGUCAAAUUUGUUCGCUCAAUACCAAAGUUUAUAUAAGAAAUUUUAAUUGGCGCUUUUCAGUUUAUUUUCUUAGAAUAGAUCCAAAUAACGAUAGACAAAUAUGAUUCUUUGGACACUGGUACAAGUGCUAAAGAAAAGUUUUUAUAUGCUUUUUAAUAUUUUUCUAUUUCAGUAAUAAAUCUAAUUUUGACCUUUACUCACACUGUUACUCCUCAGCCAAUAUCGAUUACCUAAAUAAUUACCUAAAUGAUUUACCAAGUAAAUUUCGUGCCCUGUGCACAUAAUCAGUUUUUAAAGAAAACUUAUUUUUCUAUGAAACUGACGCACUACCAUUCGCGUAUGGCUCUUACUAGCCCGCGAUUAUUUAAAAUUUGUGAUUUCACAUGAGAGCCUUAUAGCGUCUUCCAUUGAGAAAAUCGCAGCACUGAAUGCUUGAAGCGUAUAUCAUUGGUAAUAUUAAAGAAUUGCAUUAUUUAUUGGACAUGGAAGGAGUGUAGUACAAAUACUUUUUAGCAUGUAUACCAGUGUCCAAAAGCUUAUAUUUGCUUAUUGUAUUAUCAUCGCUUGGGUUAUUCAUGUAUUUUAACUAUUGGAUAUAUUGGUUUAAUGAAAAAUAUAAAGUAAUCCAUGCAAGAGAUUGAAAGAAUUCUUUAUUUAAAAAUUAUAAUUUUCAAAUCUUUCUUAUAUAAGAAAGAAAGAGAAAGAGAAAAAAAGCAAAAAAUAUCCCGGAUAGCAGCGCAACAGAUAAGACUAGCAAAGUCUCUCUUUAAUAUUAUAUUAAAUAAAUAUAUACUCAUAUUGAUAUACUGUAUAUAGAUAGCCAAUUGUAUAAAUAAAUUUGUUAAUGUAACGUUAUACACACUCUCGUUAUACACACUUAUUUACAGAUAUGCGCUGAACGGCGAUUCGCCGAUAAAAAUAUAUGCUUAGAAUUCUAUGUGCUUGUGCGAUAAUUAUUUUAUUCAAGUCGAUUGUAAAAUCGUCAAACUUCCAUUAUGAAAAUAGUAAUGGAUGUUAUCGAUUAUAUCUCAUGUUUAAUUUAACAAUGUACAGAGUAUAAAUUGAACCAUAUGUAAUAGUUAUUCUCGUAUAAUUUAUUUCAUCGAAACGAAUGCGCUCUUUUAACACGUGUGUAUAUCUAACAUUCCAGAAAAUAUUUUAAUGUCGUACAUUCAAGUCCCCCCUCCCUCGCCCUUCCUUCUCCUCCUCCUCCUCCUCCUCCUCCUCCUCCUCCUCCUCCUUUUUAAUGUAUGCUUUAUUUUUUUAAAUAAAAUUACAAUGGAUGUUAUAUAUAUCCUCCGAUAUAUUGUAAAUCGAGAUAAGCUUUAAACGGUAGCGUGCGCUACAAGUUAAAGAAACACUGCAUAAAAAAGUAAAUGUAUUACGAUUCUGUAGAUAUGGGAAAAAAAUACAUAGCGAGUUUCGGCGCGUUACGAUACUAUAAUAUAUAUAAUAAACACCAAUAGUGAGAAGCUAUUUAAACUCAAUAAAAUUUACUGUAAUACAUAAAGUGCACAUUCCCAAUUUCGAUUUAGACUUUAUUACUAUAGUAUAGCAUACAGAAAUUGAUUGUGAAAUGACUUGCGAUUAUAGCUCGUAAAUUAUAGUCGAAUUGUUUGAAUAGACUUAC